AUGUUCUCCCGCACACCGUCUUUCACUGUCCUGAGCAGAGGCUGUCGAUAUCUCCUCCGCCCGACUCCCGUCCAGCGCUCCCCGUUCUCUCUUUCUGCCCGCGCCUUUAACGCGGUCAACGCUGCCAUGGCCGAUACUUCGGGUGUGACCGCGGAUUUGCUCAAGAGCAAGCUGCUGGACCAACUGCAAGCCGAGCAUGUGGAAAUUGAGGAUCUCUCUGGCGGGUGCGGUCAAGCCUUCCAGGCCAUUAUUGUCUCUGCGCAAUUCCAAAACAAGAACAUGCUCGCCCGCCAUCGCCUCGUGAAUUCGGUCCUGAAGGAGGAGAUUGCCGCAAUCCACGCCUGGACCCCUAAGUGCCUUACUCCCGAGCAAUGGCAGGCGCAGUAG